AUGAGAGUUGUCAAAGAUGUGGCGAUGGAGAACCAUACUACAAUUCAAGAAUUUAUUUUUGCUGGAUUUACUGAAUCAUCAAACCUGCAGGUUCCUCUCUUUGCAUUCUUCCUCAUCAUAUAUGUUAUCACUUUGACUGGAAAUCUUGGGAUGAUCCUUUUAAUAAGGAUUAAUUCUCAGUUACACACCCCUAUGUAUUUCUUCCUUAGUAAUUUGUCUUUCGUAGACGUCUGCUACUCCACAGUUGUCACCCCUAAGAUGCUGAUGGACUUUAUUAUAAAGAGGAAUUCUAUUUCAUUGGCAUGUUGUGCUGUACAAAUGUGGUUUUUUGGUCUCUUUUUAGCCACUGAGUGUUUCCUCUUAGCUGCAAUGGCAUAUGACAGAUACAUGGCCAUUUCCAAUCCACUGCUGUAUACAGUCAUUAUGUCACAAAGAGUUUGUGUACAACUGGUGAUUACCCCUUAUCUUGUUGGAGUGUUGAAUGCCACAACACAUACAACUUUAACUUUUCAGUUGUCAUUCUGUAACCACUACAUAAUCAACCAUUUCUUCUGUGAUAUAGCUGCAGUCAUAUUACUCUCCUGUUCAGAUACCCAACUGCACAAUAUGGUGCUUUUUGGCCUAUCUUGCACCUUUGGCAUUGUGAGCACCUCUAUUAUCAUUGUCUCCUACAUCUAUAUUCUCACUGCCAUUCUCAGAAUCCACUCCAGUGCAGGUAGGCACAAAGCUUUCUCUACCUGCUCAACCCAUCUCAUGGUUGUAACUAUCUUUUAUGGAACUCUCUUUUUUACGUAUGUGCGCCCCAGCUCCAGCUCAUCAACACAGGAGGACAAGAUGGUCUCCAUGCUCUACACAGUGAUGAUCCCCAUGCUCAACCCCUUGAUAUACAGCCUGAGGAACAAAGAAGUGAAAGACGCAGUGAGAGUUUUCAAAGGGAAAAGCUUAUUCUAG